AUGGACAGCUGCAUGGUCAUUGAUGAUGAUGAUGGUAGCCCGAUGCGCCCAUCGAACCCAGAAAAAAGAGUCAUUAAAAGGCCGCCCGGUCCGCCCUCAAACUCGUGCGUUGCGGAGGAGGUUGAGUUGCAAGUUCCGGACUUUUUCCGUACCGAAACGCAAACAUCCAGUAUCAAAAUGCACGUUUUAUUCAGUUGCGUCCGGGAACCCGAACGCUCAACACCGAGUAAACCCGUUUACGAGAUGCCGUGGAUUAAAUCAUGUUUAUGUAAUCAGGAAAAGAAAAAGUCUCCCGAUAUAAGUCCUCCUCUUCAUCUAUUACUAAAGAAAGUUGUCAAUUUCAACGAAUUUCAUUUCCUCGUCUUGAAUAUUGUAAUUUACCUCCAUAAAUUGGUGACCCCGACGACUGAAAUGCCAAAUACGGAAUCAGAAAAUUCUUCUAAUAGUACUUCCGCAAAUAUUAAUUUCAAGCUGCCCGAAUUUUGGCCGAAUGACUUCCUCGUUUGGUUCACACAAAUUGAAGCAAUUUUCGCUACAAGAAAAUUACCCUCGGAUAAAAGCAAAUACAAUAUCUUGGUGUCUUCGAUCUCGUCAGAACUUGCAACUGAAGUACGUGAUAUUUUGCUGAAUCCUCUUGAACAAAAUGCAUACGAUACAUUGAAGAAAGUGAUCAUUAAACGAACGACUUUAUCUGAUCAAUCCAGAAUUCAGAAACUUCUACAUAUUGAAGAACUAGGUGAAGAAAAGCCGUCUCCUUUACUCAGAAAAAUACAACAACUGCUAGGCGAAAAAGCAACAACAACAGAUAAAUCAUUUAUAAAAGAAUUAUUUCUUCAGAGAUUACUCACCAAUGUCAAAACUGUCCUUGCCGCAAUGGAUGAUUCUUCCAGUUUGGAAUUACAAGCUGAAGUUGCAGAUAGGGUUAUGGAAGUAAAUACGGAAAUUCAGGUUGCUUCUACUUACCAGCAAAAAAAUGAAAUGGAUACCUCCUUUCAACAUCCUUGUCAAUGCCAGAAAAAUAACCUUGCAUUGUCAAAAGACAUCAAUGAAAUUAAAGAAAUGCUAAAAUCAUUAAACAUUGCUUCAAGAACUCAUCAAACUAGACGAACAUCAAUUCCAAAAUUUCAAAGUAGCAGAUCGCCAACACCGCCUCCAUCGCGUUACUGUUACUACCAUUCACGUUUUGGAAAAAAAGCUCAAAGAUGCAAUUCACCUUGCUCAUGGUCGGAAAACUUGAGAACCGGCAAUUAG